GCGUCCCCGGAGGAGCCGGAACUCGGUGCUGGGAACGGGCGGGGGCGGUCCCGGUCCUGCAGCGCCCGCUCCGCCCCACCAGCCCCAGCCCGGUGCCCCCCGGCCGGGAUGCGGGGCCCGGCGGCCGCCCUGGGGGCUCCCGGCGCGGGUGCGAGGUCCCCGCCUCCGGGUGACCCCCGGACCCCGCCAGCCCCCCGAGCAUGAAGACGCUGAUCCGGCUGUUCCUGAUGCUGGUGUGCGCGGCAGCGGUCGCUGUGCUGUACGUCCUGCUGUGCUCCCACGCCUGCCUGCAGCCCUGCUGCUGGGUCCCGGCGGAGCGGGGCAGCCCCGUGGCACCCACCCACCUCAGGUUUCAGGGGUACAGCCGUGUCCCUGAUGGGAAGCCGCUGGAGCGAGCGCUGUGCCGCCGCUGUGCCGUGGUCUCCAGCUCGGGGCAGAUGCUGGGUUCACACCUGGGACAGGACAUCGAUGGGCAGGAGUGCGUUCUGCGCAUGAACCAUGCCCCCACCGCCGGCUACGAGGAAGACGUGGGGGCGCGGAGUACCAUCCGGGUGGUGUCACACACCAGCGUCCCGCUGCUGCUGAAGAACCAGCCCUACUUCUUCCAGCAAUCCCGGGAGACCCUCUACAUCAUCUGGGGACCCGCAAAGAAGAUGAACCGGGAGAAGGUGGGCUCGACGUACCAGAUGCUGCGGAAGGUGAUGGAGACCUACCCCCAGCUGCAGAUCUACACCCUGACCGAGGAGAAGAUGGCGUAUUGCGAUGAUGUCUUCCAGAACGAGACAGGGAAGAACAGGAUCAAGUCUGGCUCCUUCCUGAGCACAGGCUGGUUCACCAUGAUCCUGGCCAUGGAGCUUUGCGAACAGAUCUGCGUCUUCGGCAUGGUCAGCGACAGCUACUGCAGGGAGAAGAACCACUCGAGCGUGCCCUACCACUACUUCGAGAAGGGCCGGCUGGAUGAGUGCAAGAUGUACCUGGUACACGAGCGAGCCCGCCGCGCCGGGCACCGCUUCAUCACCGAGAAAGCCAUCUUCUCCCGCUGGGCCAAGAAGAGGAACAUCAUUUUCAUGCACCCAUCCUGGGCGGGCAGGUAGGGCGGCAGCCACGGGGCAAGGCGGCAGCUCUCGUCCUGCAACCACACGUCCCGGCUCUACCAGUGCCACGGUUCGAAGCCUUUUGCUGAGCCCUGGAGCGGAAAGUCUCCACCUGUGCAGCGGCAGGGCCGGUUCCCCCAGCUGGUGGGUGGGCUGGGACCCCCCAUGUUGGUGUGCAGGGGGCAUGAGCUGGACCCAUGGAGUUCCAUUGGCUCCGAAUGUCUGCCAGGAUGGACCCAGGGCGACUAUGAAGGUUUUCCACCCUCUCUGCUGGGAUGAAUAUUUAAUGCAGGAUUAAACAUUCACACUGCUGGGCUCCAGCACAAGGGGUAGGAGAACUCAGCUCUGCCAGGGCCACAAGCUGGUACCUCUCCCAGGGAUGAAGCUUCCCCACAGUCCUUGGCUCAUUUGCACCCUGAGACCCAGCACGGGGUGUGGGGUGCAGGGGUCCAGGAUCCCCCGUGCUGCUGCCUUCUGCUGCUCUGUGCCCGGGCAGGUCCCUGCUGUCCCCUGUGUCCCCCCAGCUGGGAAGUGCAGGGGCCAUAUGCACCCUGGGAGCUCCAAGUUGCCUUGUCACAAGUGCCCUUGGAUUCAGACCAAAGCAAAUGUGGCCAUUAAAAGCAUUUUUAACUUG